AUGGUGCGACGGAAGGUCAUCAUCGACACAGACUGUGGGGGCGAUGACGCGAUUGGAAUCAUGACCGCCAUGACGCAUCCGGACGUAGAUGUUCUGGCCAUCACGGCCGUCUGGGGGAACGUGGAUGUGGAUCAGGGGAUGGAGAACCUUGGGAAGCUGCUUGACCUCUACGAGCGCGACGUCCCCUUCUACCGCGGCGCCGACGGCCCACUUGUGGUUGAGCGGGAGACGGUGCAGUGGGGGGGGUUUGGUCGGGACGGCUUUGGCGACGCCGGGUUUCCCCCCUCCGCGCGGGUGUCGCUGCAGCCGAAGAAGCACGCCGCUAUUGCCCUUGCGGAUGUUCUUAGGGAGGCCAAGCCCGAGGAGGGUGUGGUGUACCAGCUGGUGUGCCUUGGGCCCUUGACGAACAUAGCUCUUGCCAUCCGCCUAGACCCGGGUGCCUUCUCGGUGCUCGGCUCCGACACGGAACCCGGGGUGAUAGUGAUGGGCGGCACGAGUGAGGGGAAGGGCAACUCGAAUUUGAUGGGGGAGUUCAACUUUCACUGCGACCCCGAGGCGGCGUUUGUCGUGUUUCACCACAGGGGCAUCCGGCAGCCCAUACAGCUGGUCAACUGGGAGGUGACGGUGAACUGUGCCAUGCCGUGGCGCUUCUACGAUGACUGGGUGAACCGGCGCGAGACGUCGGAGGGGUUCCGGUCGGUGUGCCAAAACAGGUCCCAGUGGUUUAUUGAGAAGAUGUUUCAGCGCCUGGAGGUCUUCACGCGGCCCGACGAGGACGGGACGCGGGCCGACACGGGCGACGCCGAGGCAACGCAGGACGUCACCUGCGUCAUACCAGACGCGGUGGCGAUGGUCGUUGCCCUCUACCCAGAGAGCCUGCUGGACAGCUUCCUCACGUACGCCACGAUUGAGAUGCGGGGGCGGGAAACCCGUGGGGCGACGUGCAUCGACUGGUACGGCACAGACCAAUCCAUGGCGAAGAAGGGCCGCAUACGCAACUGCAACGUCGUCACGAAGGUGAGCCUUGACAUCUUUCUGGAUGUCAUGCGGCGGAUAGUGGACUAUCCCCUAUAG